AAUUGACAGUGCUGCGCGUGCCGUUGUAGCGGUAGGUUGAAUUUCGUAUGCUCGGUUAUAUCAAAAUGGCGUUCAAUGGAGACGGACCGCUGAAUAAACGACAGAGAACGGAUGUGGACUCAUCUAAUAACAGAGUUCAUACCAGUAAUUAUGCAACAGAAGAACCUCGUAGGAAACGACAAGAAGAAUCUAAGCCAAAUCAUGUGUUACUAUUUACUAUCAUCAAUCCAAUGUAUCCCAUUACUGUGGAUGUUCUUCACACUAUUUGCCAAUCCAGUGGGCAAGUUUUGCGAAUCGUCAUAUUCAAAAAGAACGGCGUCCAAGCUAUGGUGGAGUUUGACAGUGUGGAAGCAGCAAUUCGAGCGAAAGACACACUAAAUGGGGCCGACAUAUACUCCGGGUGCUGUACAUUGAAGAUAGACUUCGCUAAGCCGGAGAAGCUGAAUGUCCACAAGAACGACUCGGAAAGUUGGGAUUACACCGUUUCAAUGAUCAAAGAGAACACCAACAACGGUCGACCUCAACCACUCCUGCAAGAACCACAUUACGGAUCCAGACCACAACCCUACAGACUGUUUUCAUUAGAAUUGAAAACGAAUAAAGAAAAGAUAGCCGAUCAAAUGUAUCCGUAUUCGGGUGAGCAACGUUACGAAGAAAUAAUUCCGGGACCGGGCUAUGGGGAGCCAUUUGGAGCGGAUGGCUACCGAAAAGGGGCGCCUCCGGUGACGACGGAAUACCGAGACCAGCGAAGCACACCGUUUCAGCAACCUGGAGCCGUUCUCAUGGUCUACGGUUUGGACCCGUUGCGUACAAACGCUGACAAACUCUUCAAUCUGAUGUGUCUCUACGGAAACGUGGCCCGGAUAAAAUUUCUGAAAUCGAAAGAAGGAACAGCGAUGGUCCAGAUGGGUGAUGGAGUGGCUGUGGAAAGGUGUGUACAAAAUUUGAAUAACGUGAACGUUGGCCUAACGGGAGCCGCACCACUGACACACAACUCCAAUUCCAACACGAACGACAUCACCGAACAUAAACUGCAACUCGCAUUCAGUAAGCAGCCAUUUUUGAGCGAAGUUACCAAUCCGUACCCACUUCCGGAUAAGUCGCCCUCGUACAAAGAGUACAUCACGAACAAGAACAACAGGUUCAUGAAUCCUGCGAUGGCCAGCAAAAAUCGUAUUCAACCGCCCAGCAAGAUUUUGCACUUCUUCAAUACACCACCACAGGUAACAGAAGAGGAACUGAUCCGAGUGUUCAAAGAUUACGACGUCGUUCCACCGAAGGCUGUAAAAUUGUUUCCUAUGAAAUCGGAACGAUCGAGUUCCGGUCUAUUAGAAUUUGAGAAUACCACGGAAGCAGUCGCAGCUGUGAUGGCCUGCAAUCACGCGGCGAUCGAGAGUCCCGGUACAAAAUUUCCCUUUAUAAUGAAACUGUGCUUCUCCUCGUCGCGUAAUAUGACGAUACGCAACGGAGACAACAACAGUAAUGGUACGGGAGAGAGGCGUAUGGAACAAGAUCAGUAAAAAAAUUAAAACAAAUCGUCUCUCCAGUAACAUUAAACAUAAUCCCAAAAUUCCCCAUACAUAUCCCACUAUCCACACCUAUAUUUAUUAUUACCUUGAAAGAAAAAAAAAAGGAAAAGUUUUGCAAGUGGACGUAUCAUACUUGUAUAUGCCCCCGAUAAUGAUAUCGAUUAACUAAUUGACCCGUGAUUGUUUUCGUUUUGUUAGUGUUAAGAUAUUUUAGUUAUUAUUACUUAAGUUAUUACCCGCCCUUCCGCGACCAGAGUUUUUGUACAUUUUUGAAAAAGAUCGAAUUUUUCCAGUGUUUGUUAUAUUAUUUGUUUGAUAAAAAAAAGAAAUGAAAGGGAAAACGACUUCCGCAAAGAUGAUUGUCUAUAAACGAAUUUCUCCAAAAAUAAAAUCGAAAAAAAAUUGUUUAAAUAAAAUUUAAAAAUCGUCAGUUUCGUUGGAACAUUAGCGUAGACAAAGAGGAGCACGAUGCGAUUCAAAUUGAUUAGGUAUUUUUAUAAUAUAAAUUUUAACGUAAGAAUUUCUAAUUUCUCUCUCCAUAUUUAACGUACACAAAUUACAUGUACAUCUUUUUAAAAAUUAACUUACUAGGUACAUAUCACCAAGUAUAACGUAAAAAAUCUUACACAAGAAUUAAAAAGAAAAAGAAACGAUGCGUAAGACAUUAUUUUCUUCAGUAUAAAUUAUAAUAGUGCAAUUUUAAGACGUUUUAUUAUAGCAACGAGUAGCGCUAAGUUUUAAGCUCUAGUUUAUACUUUGUUUAGAUUUUUUUAGGGAGAGUUUAGCGAUGUCCGUCUCUGCAUGUGUUUCCUGAAACAAAAUCAUCAUAAACACACACACAUUGGCAGAUUACACGGGCACUUCUUAGAGACAAAAGGCACUUUAUAUACACUCUCCCACCUACACAUAUCACACUCAAAACACACGACAUGUUCAUUGAGUUCCCAAACACGUAAGAAAAAAGACAUUAAUUUAUUAUUCUAGGUAAUUAUUGUUUUAAAUUAAUAUCAAUUAUUUUAACAUCAAAGUUUUAUGUUAAGUAUUUCAUAUCAUUUGAUUUACUUUAUUUUAUUAUUUUAAUCUCAAUCUAUGACAAAAGGAUUGUUUGUUUUAAAGACUUUCUUUUAAGUACCUGAUGACAUCUUUUUAUUUCAUUAGUUAAUUGUCGUGGGUGUUAUUAUUUAUUUAUUUUUUUUUUUUUUAAACAAAGUUUUUCGACAAAAUUUAUUAGAUAAUAGUAUAAUUUAUUGUAAUUCAUUUUUCUGAAAUACAUACAUAUUUCGCCAAAAUACAA